AUGGAACGGGCCACGGAGUAUCACGAUCAGCAGCGCCUCGAGCGCGAGACACGCUCAUUGAAGACUCUGUGCCGACCGUCUGUCCUCGUAGCGCGUUUGGCCAUCGCUGGACGCCUUAUCGUGGGCCCACUCGCACUUCUGCUGCUGUUCACCGCCACAGGGUAUUUAACCGACGCCUCCGUUCUGGUUGAAGUCGACGAGAGCUUCGUGUCAUUCACUGAGAGAGACUUGGCGAAGGCUGGAGGCUGCGCACAAUGCGUCGGAGCGUGCAAGAUCACUUUGCUCAUGUUCGGUUUGUUCAGUGGGGAGGCGCUCGUCAGUGCGCCAAGAUUCCGAGCCGUCACGAGCCUGCCUCCGACUGAGUCACUGUACGACUUCAGAACUCUUAGCAAAGAGGUCCUCGAUCUGGGGGAAACCCUCGACGCCGCCUCCACCCAGAUUCUGAACGUCGUCGCUACUCUUAACAUCAGCGUAUCACCUCAAUUGAUUCGAGAGCUGGAGGUGUCCAUUGGACAACCAGACGGGUGCAAGCCACCUUGGACGCUUUGCUCUAUCUAUCCGGGUAAGUUUAGCAAAAUCUCCGCUGCGACCGUCAACCUUUACCCAGAGUUCACCGAGUGCCGGCCAGACGUGCCAAACGACGGCAAUUUGGUUGGAAAGAGAUUGGCUAGUGAUACCAACGGCAACGACGUGCUUGAAGCCGUUCCUGAUGCCCUGAAAAUAUACCCGUACAGCUUUUCCAGCAGUCUACGGCCAAUCUCCCGCGCCGUACCAGCUACAAACACCAAGUAUGGGGCGACGACCGUUCUGGAGCCUCUCCUCAAUGCAUACUACGGUGGCUGUCGUGUUCGUGAGGUGAACAUAACAGGGAUCUAUGUUGAAGAUACUUGCGAAGCCUCAAAGCACUGGUCGUCUUACGGUUUGAUGGUGCAGUCUCCCGACGAUAUUCCGUUGUGUAUCGCCGGCGACGUCUGCAUUCACAACUAUUUCAACACCCAGUGGGAGGGCAUCGUUGAACUCACGCCUGAAAACCGAGACCAUGUUCCCCUGUACGUUAACAGCGUCCGCAGUCGCUAUGGCGACACCGUCCCGAUUAACACGUUGCCUGGCGUCGUGGUCGCGCAGAUCCUGUUCAUGGGCAUCGUUAGCCUCUACGAGGUGGUGUCGCACCAGCAAUCGGUUCUCCUCUCGCAAAUCUGGGCGUACCGCUGUCAAAUUGGGCGCGUGCAAGUGCUGUACCUUGCGCAGAUUACCUACCACCUCGUGUACAAUUCCGACCUGUAUUUGCUGGGACUCGCGACAGGGACACUCACCGGGGAAUCCAUUGCCAACCUCACGCUGUGCUUCUUCGCCUUCUCCUACUCGUUCGUCAACCUGGCCAAGGCUCGUUCGGGGGAGCAGCGACUGGACCGUCGACUUCGACUCAAGUGGGAGGCCAUGCAGUUCGUCAUUACCAUUUGCGUUGGCUCGCUGUUGAGGUCCAUCCAGCAAACGCCCAUAAUCGCCAUAAUUACGCAGAACGCGGAGAUCUUGCUCAAAACAUCCGCGCGAGGAGCCAGGUACUGCGGUCUCCACGACACGUGCAUUCUGUUCACAGUGAGUACGGCCUUGAUUGUGCUCAUUUUUUCGGCCGCGUUCGCGGUCGUUGUUUCGCUCAUAUCCUACGCCAAUGCCAAACUGAUGAAGGACCGAGUGGCCCAUAACCUUACCUCGUUCGAGAGGAACUGCAUCGGCGCACCCUUCAGAAGGCUGUUCCGCGACUGCGAUGACAUCGCGCACGUCACGUAUAAGGGCAAGCGCUGCACAACCGUCGAGGCGCUGCUGCUCGCAGGGUACCUCUACUACGGUGAGCACGUGUACAAGUCGUCCUCCGUGAUGAUGUUGCUGCUGGCGCGGGUGGUGCCGACAAAGAUCAUACGCACCUUCAACGUGCUGCUGCUACGCUGGCACAUGGACCCGGUAAACGGCACGCUCACUCAAGCGUACUCGUGCACGUGGUACCACGCUAGCCAGGAGAACCACAAGCUGCAUGGCGCGAUGCCGGUGGCCUAG